AGCAACGACUGUGUGAAAAUAUGCCUCCAAAAUUCAAGCGCCACCUCAAUGAUGAUGAUGUUACUGGGUCAGUGAAAAGUGAGAGGAGAAACCUCCUGGAGGAAGAUUCAGAUGAAGAGGAGGACUUUUUCUUGAGAGGUCCAUCGGGUCCAAGGUUUGGACCCAAGAAUGACAAGAUCAGGCAUGUCCAAAACCAAGUUGACGAGGUCAUUGAUGUCAUGCAAGAAAACAUUACGAAGGUGAUAGAAAGGGGAGAGCGGCUGGACGACUUGCAGGAUAAAUCAGAGAGCUUAUCGGACAACGCAACAGCUUUCAGCAACCGAUCUAAACAGCUCCGAAGACAGAUGUGGUGGCGUGGCUGCAAGAUGAAGGCCAUUGUGGCACUGGUUGCUGUUGCCGUUCUCCUAGUGAUUAUUGUUCCCAUCAUCCUCAAGUACCACACCUGACUUGCUGAUGGAGUUUGCUGUGGACGUGGCUUUGGGAUGACAGCAAAGCAAGCGGCUGCGUGCUUUCAGUGGAACAUAACAUGUAUAUAGCUUUGAAGUGUUUCUUUCCUCGGAGGCAAGUGACCCAUUCUGAUGAGGGCGUUUGGAGGACCUGACAAAUCAUC